AUGUACUUGAUACAAUUUUCUGAUGGCCAGAGACUUCCAUACAAAUUUGUGAAGAAAUAUGGAGGAGAGCUAUCACAUUCAGUAUGUCUUAAAGUUCGGGGUGGUUCAAAAUGGGAAGUGGAUAUCACGAGACGGGAUUGUAAGGUUUGGUUUGAAAAGGGUUGGCCAGAGUUCUCUAAUUCUUGCUCCCUUGACCACGGCCACUUUCUGGUUUUCGGAUAUGAAGGGAAUUCUAAAUUCGAUGUUUGCAUAUUCGACACAACUGCCACAGAAAUUGACUAUCCGAUAACUGUUGAAGAUGAUGAUUCGUCUGGUGAAAUUUUGGAGGACUGUCCAAGGGGUUCAAGGAAUUCAGGGGAUAAAUCUCCACUCCCAGGUUCUCCUCCUUGCAAGAAAAACAGAAAAAGUUCAACUGGCAAACCAGAAAUCAACCCCAAGAUUCAAAUGGAUGAUGAUGAUGAUGAAAACGAUGAAAGUGAUGAGGGUAGUGAGGAGGGUGAGGAUGAAGAUAAUCAUGGUAUUCGAAAGGAAAUAGCUUUUAAGAGAGCUAAAGCUUAUAAACCCGCAGACCCUCAUUUUGUGGUUGCAAUCAAUCCCUCUUGUACCCGUGGAGGUUAUCUGCAUGUGCCAUCUUUGUUUAGCAAGACAUAUCUUGUUAAGCAGCCUACUCAAAUCAUGCUUCAAACGGUUUCAAACGAGGAACCUUGGUAUAUAGAUAUGCAUUAUCACAGAUCAUCAAGCAGAUUACGGACUGGUUGGCCUGGAUUUGUGAGAAGCAAUAAUUUAUUAGUGGGUGAUGCUUGUGUCUUUGUGUUGAAAGACAACAAUGAAUUUCUAUUUGAUGUUGUAUUUUACCGGGCUACAUAG